AUGAAGGAACUCGAACAUCUUAACCAUUUUCUUGGCUUGGAGGUUGAUCGCAGUGAAGAAGGAAUUUGCUUGCAUCAACAAAAUUACUCCAAAGAUGUAUUGAAGAAGUUUGGGAUGUUCAAUUGCAAACAAACCUCAACACCUCUGGAUCCAAAUGUUAAGAUGUGUGCUCAUGAAGGGAAAGACUUGGAAUAUGCAACAAUGUAUCGGCAAUUGAUGGGUAGUUUGAUUUACUUAACUUUAACAAGACUCGACAUCUCUUAUGCAGUAGGUGUGAUGAGUCGUUACAUUCAAAAUCCAAAUAAGUCUCAUUUGGAUGGAGUUUGUCGAAUCUUUAGAUAUGUAAAGAGUACAAUUGACUAUGGUGUCUUGUAUAAGAAAGGUGAAGAAUGCAAACUGAUCGGAUAUUGUGACUCUGACUAUGGAAGAGACCAUGAUACCCGUCGUUCAACUACUGGUUUUGUGUUUAAGCUUGGAGCUGGAGCAAUUUCUUGGUCCAACAGAAGACAGGCAACCGUGUCGCUCUCAACAACAGAAGUAGAGUAUUGGGCAACAACAGUUGCAACUCAAGAAUGUACACGGCUUAUGGAGUUGAUGAAGGGUCUAAGACAACCAGUAGGCUAUGUAGUUCCUUUGUACUGUGGUAAUCAAUCAGCAAUUUGUUUGGCUAAAAAUCCAGUUUUCCGCACAAGGACUAAACACGUGGAGAUACAUUACAACUUUAUCCGGGAAAAAGUUUUGGAGCACAUCAAAACAGAACAUCAAAUUGCACACUUUGUUCACCAAAGGUUUUAG